AUGGCCUCUUAUUUAGCUGGUUUAAUUGAAGGUGAUGGGCAUAUAGCUGUGCAUGAUAAAAAUUCUUCAUCUAAAAGUUUCCGUCCUAAGAUUAUUAUUACAUUCAAUUUAGCUGAUAAACCUUUAGCGGAUAAAUUAUCUGCAGUAUUGAAAGUAGGUAAAGUAAUCAGUAGACCAAGUGCUGGUCAUGUUAUAUUACAAAUUUUAGCUAAAGAUGAAGUUUUAAAAAUAAUUAAUUUAAUUAAUGGUUAUAUGCGUACACCUAAAAUAGAAGCUUUACAUAGAGCUAUUGCUUGAAUUAAUGAAAGGGAUAGUAGCUCUAUACCUUGUUUAGGUUUAGAUUUAUCAGCUAUUGAUAGUAAUAGUUGAUUGGCUGGUUUUACAGACGCAGACGGUAAUUUCUCUAUAACUGUUACUGACGUAAAAAAAAACGGUAUUUUUAGGAAUAAAAGAGUGCAGACUUUUUUCCGUAUAGAAGUAAAACAGAACUAUUCAAGAGAAGUUACCGAAGCUCAAGGUGGUGGUGGUGGUUAUUUUAACAUUUUAACUAAAAUUACUGCCUUUUUUACUGUAAAUCUAUAUACUAGAACUAGAUGCGUAGAAGACAAGGUUUAUUAUUCUUUUAUGGCGAUAGCUCAUAAUUCCAGAAGUCAUGAAAUAGUUCGUAAAUAUUUUGAUGCUUUCCCUUUAUAUUCUUCAAAAUACUUAGCCUAUAAGGAUUGAUGCUAUGUUCAAGAUCUACUAAAAGUUCCUUUAAGCAAAGAAGGUUUGGACAAGGUUAAUGAAAUCAAAGCUCAAUUUAACAGUAAGCGAAAGGUAUUUGAUUUUUCACAUUUAGAUUCUUUAACGUUUUAA